AUGGCUUCACUCUCCUCAUCCACCACCGCCACCAUGAGCAGAGCAGUCCCAGCUCAAGCCACCAUGGUGGCUCCGUUCACCGGUCUCAAGUCUACCACAGCUUUUCCGGCAACCAAACAGGCCAAAACCGGCUUCUCCUCCCUCCCCAGCAACGGCGGCAGGGUGCAGUGCAUGAAGGUGUGGCCACCACUCGGGUUGAAGAAGUACGAGACUCUUUCAUACCUGCCACCAUUGUCUGAGGCCUCAUUGGCUAAGGAAGUUGACUAUCUUCUUCGCAGCAAAUGGGUUCCUUGUUUGGAAUUCGAACUGGAACAUGGGUUUGUCUAA